GCCUGCUAUAUAUAUAGCUGAGCAGCUGCUGGAAGUCACUCUGGAGCAGAAUGAAGAUGGCGGCAGCUGGUGUGGUCGUGACCAAUCUCAAUCUGAAAGCAGGACACUGCGUGGAAAUCAAGGGCUCCAUCCCCCCGGACUGUAAAGGCUUUUCAGUAAAUUUGGGUGAAGAUGCUUCCAAUUUUCUCCUCCACUUCAACGUUCGUUUUGACCUUCAUGGAGACGUCAACAAAAUAGUCUGCAAUUCCAAGGAGGCCGAUGCCUGGGGAUCCGAACAGAGAGAGGAUGUCUUUCCCUUCCAGCAGGGGGCAGAAGCCAUGGUUUGCUUUGAGUACCAGACAGACAAGAUUAUCAUCAAGUUGGCUUCAGGAGACCAGUUCUCAUUCCCUGUCCGCAAGGUCCUGCCUUCCGUCCCGUACCUCUCGUUGGAAGGCCUGGAGUUCAAGUCCCUUACAACUGAGUAGCUGCUUUGUCCUCCUGGAUCUGCCACGUUCCCGAUCCAGCUCCAUGAAUCCGAGCAGUAUCCAAUCAGAACAAGAUGCAAUCCCAGAGGUUUCUCAGACCAGACUGUGACGCUGGAAAUGUCCAUGUUCCACCCGCUGGCCCAGUUCUGUUUAUUAUGUCCUUGAAGAUCUGUAUUAUAAGACUCCAUCUUAACAGAACUGCUGCUGCCCUCACAAACUCCAUCACAAAAGGAAACGCGUUGGAGAUGGGGGUUAGAAUGUGAACCUACUUAGGGCAGGAGCCAAUGUCAUGGAUUCUGUGUCUGUAAACCGCACAAUAAAUGUCUUCAAUGCAUAAAUA